CAACACCAAUCAACUGUCUAUUGCCGCGCUUAAGUGGCGCACCGCGCAGCCGCCGUCCGCCAUUGUCUACUUUCGUUGUCUUUGUCUAAAAUAUUAAGCACAUUGUUUGCUACACCAACAAACAGAAAUCCAAUUUAUUACCAUUCACCGAAAAUGGAUGACGAUUGGGAUGACUCUCCUGAUGUUGUGGUAGCUCCACCACCACCACCAGCCAUAAACAACAAAUAUGAUGAAGUUGAUGAGGGCCACAGUUUAUCCAGAGGAAGGGGAUUCCCUUCAUUCAAUGAUGAUGAUAUGGACAAAGGAAGCAACGGUUUCGGCGAUAGAAGAGGGCGCGGCGGCCGAGGCGGAGGCCGGGGAGGCCGCGGCGGCCGUGGCGGGCGCGGAGGAUCGCGGGAGCCGCGCGGUGAUCACGAAACUAAUGGUGAUUACCACGACGACAGAGAUCGUGGCGAUCGCGACCGUGGCGAGCGCGGUCGGGGUAGAGGACGGGGUGGUCGUGGCGGUGGUAGGGGUGGCGGCGCCGGUGGAGGAGGGGGAGGAGGCGAUGCAGAUAACGAAAUGGGCGAGGAGGGAGAGAAGAAGGCCCCCGUCACGUACGUGCCGCCAGAGCCCACGGAAAACGAAACGGAGAUAUUCAGCAGCUCCAUCAGCUCGGGAAUAAACUUUGACAAAUUCGACCAUAUUGCUGUUAAAGUCAGUGGAGAAAAUCCCCCUAUGCCCAUAGAGAGUUUCGAAACCGCCAACCUGAGAAAAUAUGUGCUAGAAAACAUACUAAAGUCUGGCUACAAGAAACCUACGCCCAUACAGAAAUAUGCCAUUCCAAUUAUCAUGGCUGGACGCGACUUGAUGGGGUGCGCACAAACUGGUUCUGGAAAAACGGCGGCCUUUUUACUUCCAAUAAUAAACAUGCUCCUACAAGAUGUUAGAGAACUAAUCGUCGGACCUAGUGGUUGUGCGCAACCGCAGGUGAUAAUAGUUUCGCCUACUCGUGAGCUAACGUUACAAAUAUUCAAUGAAGCAAGAAAAUUCUCAUACGGAUCUAUUUUGAAAAUCGCUGUCGCGUACGGUGGCACGGCGGUUCGCCACCAAGGAGACAAUAUUUCUAGAGGCUGUCACAUCCUGGUGGCGACUCCGGGCCGUCUGCACGACUUUGUGGACCGUAACCGCGUCUCGUUUGACAGCAUUCGUUUCGUGGUCCUAGAUGAGGCUGACCGUAUGCUCGACAUGGGGUUUAUGCCCAGUGUUGAGAAAAUGAUGGAACACCCCACCAUGGUACCGAGCGGCGAGCGUCAAACGCUCAUGUUCUCUGCAACAUUCCCCGAGGAUAUACAACACUUGGCCGGGAGAUUUUUGAACAACUAUCUGUUUGUCGCGGUUGGUAUCGUCGGCGGCGCCAGCACAGACGUCGAACAAAUAUUCCACGAGGUUACCAAGUAUGAGAAACGGAACGCACUCAAACAACUAAUUGAAGAAAAUGAUGGAAAACGCAUACUGGUAUUUGUGGAGACAAAGCGAAAUGCUGACUUUAUAGCUGCCAUGUUAUCUGAACAACAAAUGCUUACAUCUUCUAUACACGGAGACAGGAUGCAGCGAGAAAGGGAAGAGGCACUGCACAAUUUCAAGAGCGGCAAGCACUUUAUAUUGGUCGCAACCGCUGUUGCGGCUAGGGGAUUAGAUAUUAAGAAUGUCGACAUUGUUGUCAACUAUGACCUUCCAAAAAGUAUUGAUGAAUAUGUACACAGAAUCGGCAGGACCGGUCGUGUCGGAAACAGAGGAAAGGCAGUUUCCUUCUUUGAUACUGACCAAGAUGUGGCCCUUGUAGCUGAUUUGGCGAAGAUCCUAAGGCAAGCUGACCAAUCAGUGCCAGAUUUCUUACACGGAGGUGGCACUGCCACAUAUAAGGGCAACAAAUAUGGUGGCAGUGAUAUAAGAAACUUUAACACGGCGACUACGACGACAGUGGAACAAGGCCAGGAGCCCGAGGAGGAGUGGUAAAAGACAAGAUUGGUAUUACAAGUGGACUGCAACAGUGAAUAGUUUUAAUGUGCAUCCUCACAACUGUAUAACUGAUUAUGUGUAGAAUGCAGCCUUGUUAAUUUUAAUUGUUUGAUAAAGUUACAAUGUGUAACUUGGAAAACAUAAUGAUUACCGAUUGUUGUACGAUUGACGAUAUAUCGUUAUCGAAUCGGUGGUUGUUUGCUAAAUUUUGUUGCAGUAAGUUGCGGCCUGAAGGCGGUUAGGUUGUACUGUUGUUUGGAUGCACGGUCAUGAUUGUGCAACAAGAGUGUGUGUUUAUGUGUAUCAUUGGUGCUUAUGCCGCGAGUCGUUUUAAACUGACUCUGGUUGAGCUGACGUUUUGAACCGAAUUUGUUCCUAUUUUUAGGAAUAGAAAAUCACCUUUAUUUUUAGACCUCUUCAUUACAAGACUGCGUUUAUUUCGACAAGUAUUUUAGAAUAAUUUUAGUGUUAAUUUUAAGAUUCAGAUGCUUGAACAUGCAUAAUUGUUACCGGUUGCAUAAGAACCAUUGAUUUUGACGCAUAUUAACAUCGUUCUGGUGUACUUAUGUUAUUGUUUAUUUAGAAUUAGGCGCAGAAGUUUGAGUUUUUUUUUUUUUUUUCAUUAUAAUAUGUUAACUUUUUGUUUUUUCUUUUCGCAAGUUUGUGUAAUUAGUUACAUAAACGAAUGCUAAAAAUGAUCAUCUGUCGUGGUGAUCGAUAAAGAGUUCGUUAUCUAAAAAUCUGUGAUGUUUAUUAAGAAGAAGUUGCUCACUUUAAAUUUUAACAUAGUUGCUUAUGCAUAGUCUUAUCUUUUAAGAUUUAACUCUUUUGUAUCAUAAAAGUCUGCAGUUAUUUUCCCACAUCAAUGUUAUGCCGUAGUCUCAUAUGAUAAGACUACCGAUGUUUAGAAUCUCGAUAUCUUUCAUUAUAUGUGCAUGCGAAUUUCGUGUUACAAACGGCGUGCGAAGCAACUGCGCUAUGUUUAUUUUUUGUACAAAAAUUGAAAGCAUAAGAUAUUAUAGUUUAUAAUCUGUGAUGAUUAUUAUAAGUAGUUAUAACUUCAUCAACAUUAUGCCAUAGAUAAAAAUGUAGUUCAAAUGUCUAUGAUUUAGUUGAUCUAAAAGACAGCAUUGCAGGAGAGCACGAAUUUAAAUGUCCGUACAAACAGUAUAUUUUCAAAUCCUAUUUUUUGUGACCUCUAGAAUAUGGUUGUUGUACUCAUUAAUUUUGUAAGAUGUUACUUUUGAAAUAAGAACUAAAAAUAUCCAA